GGAGAGAAAGACAGAGGAAUAAUAUAAGUAGAGCAAUCGAUCAAUAUGGAAAAAGUAUUGUGUGGCCUGAGGAUAAAGAGAGUGGGCAUCCACAAUCAGAUAAAAAGAUCCUUCUCUGCGGUUCCCUUCUCUGUGAAUACCAUUCUAGGGUUUCUGAUCUAGUUUCCAUAUUUGGAUUCCUUCCAAUCCAACACCGCUGUGUCCUUGCUGCUCAUUUUUAAGAACUUCAUUGGGGUUUUUAAAGUAAUCCCUCUCCUGGGGUUUCUUUGCAAAAUCUGUCAUCUCUCUAGUGUUGGAGCACUUCUUCAAUCCUUCUCGGGGUGCAGUGGUGGACGAUGAUUUAGGCAAAGCUAGGACAUGGUGAGAGGGAAGAUUGAGAUGAAAAGAAUUGAGAAUAACUCAAGCCGGCAAGUGACCUUCUCGAAACGUCGAAAGGGGUUGUUAAAGAAAGCUUAUGAGCUUUCGGUUCUUUGCGAUGCUGAAGUUGCAGUCAUCAUCUUCUCGCAAAAAGCCAAGAUCUAUGAGUUCGCCAGCUCUGACAUGCAACGGACCAUAAAUCGAUAUCAUAAACAUGAAAAUGGAUCAGGGCAAACCAACAAGGUUGAAGUGGAACAAUAUGUGCAGCACUUGAAGCAUGAAUCAGCUAUUAUGGCCAAGAAGAUAGAGAUCCUAGAAGCUUCCCAGCGGAAGCUUUUGGGAAAUGAUCUGGAUUCUUGCCCUGUUGAAGAACUCCAAGAGAUCAGUAGCCAGCUGGAGCGAAGCUUACGCAGCAUAAGAGAGAGAAGGGGUCAAUUAUACAUGGAGCAGAUGGAACAACAUAAGGCAAGGGAGAGGUUCCUGUUACAAGAGAAUGCACGGUUACGUGAAGAGUGUCGUGCGAAGCCGCGGAUGGAGUUUUCACCCCAAGAAAAAAGAGCUUCUGCGUCUGUAAGCUAUGAAAAAGCAGGAGCUCCUGCUUCUGCUCCUAUAAACUACUGGAGCCAAAGUAGCAUGAGUUCUGAGGUGGAGACCGAUUUGCUCAUUGGACAGCCAAUAGUGCGCGCUGUUGAUCGCAUCGCAGCCUGAAGUCAACAUACAUCAGAUAAAUAAUAAUGCUUGUCAAUCAUAUUUGGUAGGCCGUGCUCUCAGAUUAAUAAUACUAGUAAGGUCAAGCAAUAAAAGAUCAAGGGAAGUUAUAAUUUCCUAUGAUUUUUGACCCAGUUGUAUAAUUUUAUAUAUGCAUAAUGCGUCAGGUUGUAGCACCAUAUUAUUUACUACCAAUGUAUGAGUAAUGGUUGUGGAGAGC